CAGACGGGGCGGGUAGGGAGGAGACGCGGUCGGUUGAUCUGACUGUAUUGCCGCAGGCACUGAGCUGUUCUGCUCAUAUAAACCAAUGAUUUCAUCUGCGUUGCUACAGAAAGGCGUCCGAGCCACUCAUUGCGUUAGACUGAUACACUCCACACGCAUCGCCAGUAUGCCGAUACAGGUUGGUCAAAGACUUCCCAAUAUAGAAGUCCAGGAGGGGGACCCGUCAAACACCAUCUCAAUGGCUCAACUCUUCAGGGGCAAAACAGGUGUGCUAUUUGCCGUGCCAGGUGCAUUUACUCCUGGAUGCUCAAAGACUCAUCUCCCAGGCUUCAUAGAGAUGGCUGGACAAUUGAGGGCCAAAGGUGUGCAGGAAGUCGCCUGUGUGUCUGUCAAUGAUGUAUUUGUCGUCUCUGCUUGGGGAAAUCAUCAUGGAGCAGAUGGCAAGGUGCGGAUGCUGGCUGACCCCACUGGAGCUUUCACACAGGCAGUAGAUCUCGCUCUGAACAAUGAUCAGCUUAUCAAGGUGCUUGGGAAGUUGAGGUCUCAAAGGUAUGCCAUGCUGGUUGAAGAUGGAGUGGUCAAAAAGCUCAGCGUGGAGCCUGAUGGGACAGGACUGACCUGCAGCUUGGCUUCAAAUUUUUUAUCUGAGAUUUAAGUGAAACCAAUUACACGUUACAGUCUCUUACCCCUCUUCUCAUAGACCCAACUGCUCAAUGUAUAUUAGAAAACAACAUUGAAAACACUUGUGUAUGACAGAAACCAAGUUUACUUUUGGGGGGAUAUGAAAUAUAUGCUUAACGCAAUGCCCAAAUUCCAAUAAAGUUGCCUACGUGUAUGUGUCCAA